UUGCCAAUAGCAUUGUUGUCUGCCGUUGUCAUGGUUACCACAGCAUUGUUUGAUCCAUCAUCUAGCUUUCAACUAACAGACCUUUUUAUCACUGAAUAAUUAUCAUCAAACUGUCAGCAUAAUGGAAAAGCAUAAAGCAGCCAUAGCGCAUAAUGGAUUAAUGUAUGGACGUGUUGGGAGUACGAUGGGAGAAAAGCAGACCGUCUCCUACUGUACAGAUCUGGACAAAUCAGUUCUGAUAACGAAUUUUGAGAAAAGAGGCUGGCAACACGUCGGCCCCGAUGAUGAUUGGAACUUUUAUUGGGCUGGUAUUCACACAUGUAGGAACUUAUUCAGCGUUGACAGUGGAUAUAGGAUGAACGAAAAUCAGAUGAUCAAUCACUUUCCCAAUCACUAUGAGCUGAGUCGUAAGGAUUUGCUUGUGAAAAAUAUCAAACGCUAUCGCAAGGAGUUGGAGAGAGAGGGGAAUCCUCUCGCUGAGAAAGGAGACACUCACGGCAGAUAUCUCUACUUGGACUUUAUCCCAGUCACGUUUGUUCUACCAGCAGAUUACAAUAUGUUUGUGGAAGAGUAUCGCAAAAGUCCGCAGAGCACUUGGAUAAUGAAACCGUGUGGCAAAUCUCAAGGAGCUGGAAUCUUUCUUAUAAAUAAAUUAUCAAAAUUGAAGCGUUGGUCACGGGAGAGUAAAACACCAUUCAAUCCAUCACUAGUCAAGGAAUCCUAUGUGAUAUCAAGGUACAUCGAUAACCCUCUGCUAAUCGGUGGCAAGAAGUUCGAUCUUCGUUUAUACGUGCUUGUGACGUCGUUUAGACCGUUGAAAGCCUACUUGUUCAAGUUGGGCUUUUGUCGAUUCUGCACAGUCAAGUACGACACCAGCAUACAGGAACUCGACAACAUGUUUGUUCAUCUCACAAACGUAUCUGUUCAGAAGCAUGGGGGCGAAUACAACAGCAUGCAUGGAGGAAAAUUGAGUGUACAGAACCUGCGUCUGUACCUUGAAAGUACGAGGGGAAAGGCGGUCACUGAAAGUCUUUUCACAAACAUUUCGUGGCUAAUUGUUCAUUCUUUGAAAGCAGUCAGCUAUAUUAUGGCCAAUGACAGACACUGCUUCGAGUGUUAUGGAUACGAUAUCAUUAUUGAUAAUCAAUUGAAGCCAUGGUUGGUUGAAGUUAACGCAGCUCCUUCAUUGACAUCGACAACAGUCAAUGAUCGGAUUCUGAAAUACAAACUCAUUGACAACAUCUUGAACAUUGUACUUCCACCGGAUGGCAUACCUGAUAUACGAUGGAACAAAAUUCCCAGUCCAGAAAAUCUGGGGAACUUCGAACUACUGUUAGAUGAGGAAUUUGGCAGCUCAGAAGAACAUGGUGCUUCUAAUCGGUACAGGGAUCACAGAGGACCUCGCUGGAAAUAGAAUUAAAUAAAAAAUUGAGUUUUAUAAUUUGAUGACAAAAUUUGUACCACUCAAAAUGACUGUCUUUUUAUCGAUCACACAUUCAACAUCUUCCAUAUAUAACUUAGUUGAAAUGAACUAUAAUUUAAUCAAUUAAUAUUAUCUAAAAUUAUGGAAACAGCUCAAGCUUAAUAUUUCUGUUACUAGGAUAACUUGACAACAGUUUUGAUUAGUUAUAAUGCUAUUCAAAUUAACUACUUUUCUUUGGCUCCAAAAUUCAAUGUGGUUGCUGGUCCAAUAACAAUUUUUGAAUGAAUGAACUACCGUGUAAAGGUUGUACCUGAUGUUUGAGAUAUUAAAAUAAUCUUUCAACAGAUCUUCAACAAAAUUUUCGUGUCUUCCACAUCCAUUGUUCUUAACAAAGUAAUGUAGGCUUAUUAUUAUUAUUUCAUGUAGAAGGGUUCACUCACAUCUACUUAUCUACCUACCUCGGGCUCAUUCUUAUCCAAAGUACAAAGCACAUAGGGGGCGCGUCGGCCCCAAUUCUCAAGUUAAUACAUGUUUGAUACAAUUAACUUGUGUAGAAAUGUGUAAAUGGAGAAUUUUGAUUCUCUUUUUCUUAGGGCUACUAUUGAAUAAAAAUAAAAAUAUAAAUCUGAGUACCCUUUUUUAGAUUAUUUCGUCACGACAUGUUUUGGCUACUAAUGCCAUUUGAUUGGCAAGUGAUUGGAAAAGAAUCUUGCAAUAGUAGGUAUUUAUUUAUUUCAGUAAUGAUUGA